ACCCAGACGUGUUGCGAUAUGACAUAAACACAUUGUAUGGUCGUUUGUUUUAAUGAAACCGCGGGCGUUUUUGGAGUUUUAUUCAAAACACAUUCUUGUCAAACCAGUCUGUCAAGUUUCAGGUGAGGUAGGUAGCCAUUACGCAGGUAAAAGGAGUGAACAGAAACUAACGUUAGCCUACACGGUUGUUUGUGGCGAAGACAGAGCAAACAUGGUACAGUAACCAGAAACUGGAAGACCAUACUGGGGAGAAAUUAUAUACAUACAAGGAAUAGCCUAUUGUGAGCGACCUCCAGACGUCUCAUUACCAUGAGUCGGGAGCGAUCAGACUCCCAGGGGUCACUGGGCCCUGACGAUGAGGUCAUGCCGUACAGUGACGACGAGACGGAUGAUGAGCUGGACCCCGGCUCAGACGAAGAGGGGCCCCCAGGGGGGCCACAGCCUGAGGAGGUCAAGAGCACCGAGUCUGGUUGGAGUGUCAAAGCGAACGACAGAGCCUUCUGUAACCUGCCAGAGUUUCAGAAAAAAUACCUUUUGUGUCUCAAGAAGAGCAAGUACGCAGGGAAUGGAAUCAAGACGUACAAAUAUAACGCCUUGACGUUCAUCCCACUGAAUCUGUUCGAGCAGUUCAAACGAGUUGCCAACCUUUACUUCCUGGCCCUGCUCAUCCUACAGAUUAUUCCUGAGAUCACCACGUUGCCUUGGUACACGACCUUAGUGCCUUUAGUUCUGGUGCUGGGAAUCACAGCCAUCAAAGACCUAGUGGACGAUCUGGCCCGCCACAGGAUGGACAAGGAGAUCAACAACAGGAAGUGUGAUGUCCUCCUGGAUGGCAGGUUUCAAGAGUCAAAGUGGAUGAACAUCCAUGUUGGUGAUGUGGUUCGUUUGAAGAAAAAUGGUCACAUCCCGGCCGACAUACUGUUGUUGUCCAGUUCAAACCCCAACAGUCUUUGUUAUGUGGAAACUGCCGAGCUCGAUGGGGAAACCAACCUGAAGUUCAAGAUGGGUCUGAAAGUGACAGACGAGAGACUGCAGGAGGAGGGCCAGCUGGCACAGUUUGACGCCAUGAUAGUGUGUGAGGAGCCUAACAACCGUCUGGAUAAGUUCACGGGGACCAUGCGUUGGAGGAAAGACCGAUUCCCUCUGGAUCUGGACAAUAUGAUGCUGAGAGGAUGUAGGAUCAGAAACACUGACGAGUGUCACGGACUGGUCAUCUUCGCAGGCGCUGACACGAAAAUCAUGAGGAAUGGGGGCAAGACCAGGUUCAAGAGGACUAAAAUCGAUGAGCUGAUGAACUACAUGGUGUAUAGUAUCUUUGUGAUCCUGAUCCUGGUGUGUGCUGGCCUGGCCAUCGGAAACUCCUUCUGGUACGAGGAGGUAGGCAGCAGGGCCUGGUAUCUGAAAGAUGGCAAGGAUCAGACUGCUUCUUACAGAGGUUUCCUCAGCUUCUGGGGGUACAUCAUCGUGCUCAACACCAUGGUUCCCAUCUCCCUCUACGUCAGUGUGGAAGUGAUUCGUUUGGGCCAGUCGAAGUUCAUCAACUGGGACCUUCAGAUGUACUACCAAGAGAAAGACACGCCAGCCAAGGCCCGUACCACCACCCUCAACGAACAACUGGGUCAGAUCGAGUACGUCUUCUCAGACAAGACCGGUACCCUCACGCAGAACAUCAUGGCCUUCAAGAAAUGCACCAUCGCCGGACGCACCUUCGGUGACCCCACCACUGCCGAGGGAGUGACUCUGAAUCGUGGAAAGCCAGUGGAUUUCAGCUGGAACAAGUACGCAGACAGCAAGUUUGAGUACCUUGAUCAUUCCCUGGUGGCCUGCAUCCGGUCCAAGAAAGACAAAGAAACGCUGGAGUUCUUCAAGCUGCUGUCUCUGUGUCACACUGUCAUGGUGGAGCAGAAAGAAGAUGAGUUGGUGUACCAGGCAGCCUCUCCUGACGAGGGAGCUCUGGUGACGGCUGCCAGGAACUUCGGUUUUGUGUUCCUGUCCCGUACCCAGGACACCAUCACCAUCAGCGAGAUGGACCAGGAGAUGACCUACGAGGUGCUGGCCCUGCUCGACUUUAAUAGUGACCGCAAACGCAUGUCCAUCAUCCUGAGGUUCCCCGAUGGCCGGAUCCGUUUGUACUGUAAAGGAGCAGACACGGUCAUCUACGAACGCCUCUCUCCUAACUCCAGACACAAGGAAGUGACCCAGACUGCUCUGGAUAUCUUUGCCAACCAGACUCUCCGGACCCUGUGUUUGUGUUAUAAGGAUAUCAGUAAGCAGGAGUUUGACGCCUGGGCUAAGAAGCACAAGGAUGCCAGUGUUGCUAUGGGCAACAGGGAGGCUGCUCUAGAUCGAGUGUAUGAACAGAUUGAGAACAACUUCAUGAUGAUCGGAGCGACUGCCAUCGAGGACAAGCUCCAGGACGGGGUUCCUGAGACCAUCGCCAAGCUGGCAAAGGCUGACAUCAAGAUCUGGGUUCUCACCGGAGAUAAGAAAGAAACGGCGGAGAACAUUGGCUAUUCCUGUGAGCUGCUUACCGAUGACAUGCAGAUCCACUAUGGAGAUGAUAUCAAUGAGAAGCUGCGAAUCAGACAGGCAAGCCGGAGGGACCAGCUGCCUGCGUCCGGGCGAACCAGGAAGAAGGUUCCGGAUCCGUUCUUCUCCGAGCCUGGCAAGAACGCACUCAUCAUCACUGGAGGCUGGCUGAACGAGAUCUUAUACGAGAAAAAGAAGAAACGCCGCCGCCUUCGCUUGAAGCGUCUCGGAAGGAGACCCGCCUCCGCCACGCCUCAGGACUCCACCCAGCCAAUCGACGACUGGGAGAAGGAGAGUCGUCAGGUGGACUUUGUGAACAUGGCGUGUGAGUGCGAGGCGGUCAUCUGCUGCCGGGUCACGCCAAAACAAAAGGCCAACGUGGUCAGCCUGGUGAAGAAGUAUAAGAAGGCCGUCACGCUGUCCAUCGGAGACGGAGCCAAUGACGUCAACAUGAUCAAGACUGCAGACAUCGGUGUGGGUAUAUCUGGACAGGAGGGCAUGCAGGCGGUGAUGUCCAGUGACUAUGCCUUCGCUCAGUUCCGGUACCUGGAGCGUCUCCUGCUGGUCCACGGUCGCUGGUCCUACAUCCGCAUGUGCAAGUUCCUCCGCUACUUCUUCUUCAAGAACUUUGCCUUCACCCUGGUCCACUUCUGGUACUCCUUCUUCAAUGGGUUCUCAGCUCAGGUUGCCUAUGAAGAUUGGUUCAUCACCUUGUACAAUGUGAUGUACAGCUCUCUUCCUGUCCUGCUGGUUGGCUUGUUGGAUCAGGAUGUGAACGACAAGCUGAGCAGAAAGUUUCCCAAGUUAUACCUCCCUGGUCAGCAGGGGGCGCUGUUCAACUACAAGAACUUCUUCAUCAGUCUGUUCCACGGCAUCUUCACCUCUCUGGUGGUCUUCUUCAUCCCGUACGGGGCGUUCCUCCAGACCAUGGGGCAGGACGGAGAGGCACCGUCAGACUACCAGUCCCUCGCUGUGGUCAUGGCCUCUUCUCUCAUCUUCACCGUCAACCUGCAGAUAUCUCUGGAGACGUCAUACUGGACCUUUGUGAACUGCUUCGCCGUCCUCUGCAGUAUUGCCAUAUACUUCGGCAUCAUGUUCGAUAUCCACAGUGCAGGAAUCCACGUCAUCUUCCCAUCAACCUUCACUUUCACCGGUGUAGCCCCUAACGCGCUCAGACAGCCCUAUCUGUGGCUGACCAUCAUCCUGACUGUGGGAAUCAGCCUGCUACCGGUCAUCUUCAUUCAGUUCCUCUGCAAAACCAUAUGGCCGUCCGUUGGAGACAACGUCCAGAGGAACAGGAAGAAGUAUGAGGAGGAAGAGGAGGAGGAGAAGAAGAAACCGGCUCCGUUCCAGCGCGACAGACGCUCCCGCCGCUCGGCCUACGCCUUUUCUCACUCCCGGGGUUACGCCGACCUCAUCGCGUCAGGCCGCAGCAUCCGUCGGCGGCCUGCUGUAGCUCGCCCCGACCCAAGGGACAGUAUUACAGAGGUCCCCCAAGCCAGUAACAUAUGAGGGGGACUCACCGGCCUGGCACUCGACUGGUCCCAGAUCUGUUUGUGCGGUCUUGUCUAGUCAUAGACUUGCAUAUGGAAAGAAUAGGUAUAGAAAUGUAUAGAUUAAAAAUUACACAAUGUCUAUGGUGACAAUGACCAGAGGAGUUGGCA